GUUGUUUUGGAUUCCCAAGAUGGAUGCAAUUUUUCACGAAAAGCAAGAAGGUGCUUUGUGCGCACAGCACUGUUUGAACGCGCUACUACAAGGUCCAUAUUUCACUGCUGUAGACCUUGCGUCCAUAGCUGAAUCCCUUGAUGAUGAAGAAAGAGAGAGAAUGGCUGAGGGCAAUCCAAGCUCUGAAGAAUUCCAAAAAUUUCUGCAACAGCCCUCUUCAAAUAUGGAUGACAGUGGGUUUUUCUCUAUACAGGUUAUAUGUAAGGCAUUGAGUGUCUGGGGAUUAGAAUUGAUACCUUAUUCUCAUCCAGAUUCUCAAGAUGCCAGAGAAAAUCCACAGAAUCAAAAGGCAUAUAUCUGCAAUUUACAACAGCAUUGGUUUACUAUACGAAAGCUUGGAUACCAGUGGUUUAAUAUAAAUUCAAUAAAGACAGAGCCAGAAUUAAUCUCAGAGACGUACCUAUCUUUGUAUCUAACUCAAUUACAAGCAGAAGGUUAUUCAAUAUUUGUAGUAAAAGGCGACAUAAUAUCAUGCGAGGCUGACCAGCUGCUGAAGCUGUUUCCUGCCAAACCCAAGAAACAAACACCAAAACCAAGCAAAUCAGGUCAGAGCCUCAUUCAAAAAUCAGAUUUACAGUCGGCACUAAAUCAAUUACAAGGCUCAGGAGGGAAACCAGUAGACAUUGAUGAAGUUAGAAAAAGAAGAGAAAAAUACUUUGCAAAAUUGCAAGUAGAUCAAGAAGCAGGAACCAGUACAAGUAGAGAUAAAUCUGAAACAUCCCAAGAUACAAGCCAAUCUACACAACCUACAAAGGGUGAAACUCCUAGUACGACUACAGACGAACCAAUGUCAGAAAUGACAGAAGAUGAGAUGUUACAAGCAGCGUUACUGAUGUCACUUGACUCAACAAACACAACAUGACCAAACCACUUGUACAACAAGAUAUUAUAAUAAUAUUAUGAACCAACAAUAUUAUUAGACUGAGGAUAUUGGAAUUUCACCUUUAUAACUGUAAAUACCCUGGUAAUAGCACUUGUUGAUAACAGCACAUUUUGUAUGGGCCUUUUCCAAGUUAUGUUAUGUAAUUUUUCACAGAAAUGAGAUCUUUUAAAUUAAUUGUAUAAUCCAA